AGUGCUCGCAACUUCCAUCGGUGGACGAACCCCUGAAGCGUUGCCCUAUGAAUGCUCCUGCUUCGUUCGAACCAUUCCUGCUUGCCGAUGGAUCUCCUUCGAAAAGGAUACUCAGGUUCCAAAUGCUGCCAUUUUUACCCUAAAUCGAGAGGAUCACACUGUUGGAAAUAUGAUAACAUGCCAGUUACUAAAAGAUCCAAGAGUAUUAUUUGCAGGAUACAAAGCUCCUCAUCCAUUAGAGCACAAAAUUGUCAUUCGAGUACAUACAGCUCAUCCAGCGACACCUGUAGAUGUUUUCGUUUCUGCUCUGAAAGAUCUUAUAAGUGAGAUCUCGAAUAUAGAAGAGCAGUUCAGAAUGGCGACAAAAUGAAACAUUACAUUUGUACAUAUUAUUUUUUUUAUAUAUUCAUAACGAUAAAAUGAAAAUGCUUGUCCUGC